ACAUAAAACUGCAAUAUGCCGCAAGCAACCACUUUAACGAACAUCUUAUCUGGAAACUUCUAUACGAUCCUAAACAUAGGCAUCUUCGUGUGUACGUUCGUAGAAUCCUAUAUGUUCCCGUUCACUAUAAUUAAAUGGAUGAUAAUUCUCGCCAAAUAUAGAGACGUUGGGAGUCUGUUAAAAGGGUGUAUAGCGAGUCCGGUUACGCCGUCACGGUCACGGUAUAAUUACACAUUGAAACUGAUGACUAUGUACAAUAGUCGGAGAGUUGAGGCACAAACGGUGACGCAAAGCGAAUCUUAUGUGAGCGUUGUUAUGGAGAGCGAUAGAGGAGAAUCUUAUGAUGAUAUCCAGUUGACCUAUUGUGGGCAGGAUUGUCAACGAAUACCACCUGCGCUGUGGAAAAUGUAUGGUGACAAAGUCAGAUAUUUAGACCUUAGCUACAACAGCAUCGAAACCUUGAAGGGCCUGGAGCAAUUCCCACGGCUGGACGAGCUGAUACUGGACAACAAUGAGAUAGGGGACGGGGUCGGGUUCCCCUCGCUGCCUCAUCUGCGGACUCUCUCCCUCAAUAACAACCGGAUUACGGAUCUGGAGGGAUUCGUGAAUAAAAUCAGUGAAUGCUUCCCGUCCUUGUCGUAUCUAAGCCUCCUCAGCAACAAGGCCUGUCCCAACCAACUUUCAGACCUUGAUAAAGAUGAAUCCGAUUAUCAAAGAUACAGAUACUUCGUAAUAUACAAGCUGAGCAACCUACGUUUCCUGGAUUCUCGGCGCGUAAGCUCAAGCGAGCGCGCGCAGGCGGAGACGCGGGGCUCGUUCAUGCGCGUGCGGCGCCCGCUGCCCGAGCCCGAGGACACCAGGCCCCGCGCCGGCGCCGCGGGCCGGGUGCGACCGCUGCCGGUGGACUUUAGCGCGUUGGGCAAACACAGAGGAGCCUACGGCAAAUGCAACUAUAAGUACACCGGCAAGCACUCGGAGGGCAACAGGUUCAUCGUGAACAGCGAUUUGUGACGUCAUCACAACCGUAUCACUACAGUUGUCAAGUGAAAUAGAUUUUAGGGAUUUGGGCCAUACAUUUUAUACUUGUUUAUUAAUAUAAA